AUGGCGAAGAAGUGGUCAUACAACCCGCUCGCCUUCCUCGGACCCCAAGUCACCAUCAUUGGCUCGCUCGUCUACAUUGCACUCUUCGUUCUCCUAGUGACCAACCAUGAAACCGUCCCCAACGCCCCAAGCCAUCCAGUCCCCAUCGCCGGCGUCAACCUCACCGAAGCUUGGCUGGACCUCAAGGUCUUGAGCGAUGCCUACCACCCCUGGGGCAGUCGGCGCAACGAGGCUGUCCGCGAAUACUUGCUGCAGAGGAUCGACCAGAUUCUGGACGCCAACAAUGCCUCCAGCAAGACUGUUCACUCCGUCGAUGGCGUCUUCCGAUCGAGAUCACGCGGCACCCGCGACGUGACGGUGUUCGCGAACGAUACCUCCAACUUCACCGCCCUCGACGGCUUCACGAAGAAGCCCUGGACGUUGUACGGCGAGUCGACCAAUAUUUUGGUCUAUAUCAGAGGGAAGGAUGAUGGAGCUGGCGAGUGGUGGAACAGCACGAAAGACUACACUGGACCUAGCGGGGUCCUCGUAAACGCCCACUACGACAGUGUGUCUUCCGGUCUAGGAGCAACAGAUGAUGGGGUAGGUAUCGUUUCCAUUCUGCAGCUGAUAUCGUACUACACCAAGGGCAAGAAGGCACCAAAGCGAGGCCUCGUGGCGCUGUUGAACAAUGGCGAGGAGAAUGGCCUCUAUGGAGCACACAAUUAUGUUCGACAUCCACUUGCUCAGCUUCCGCAUACUUUCUUGAAUCUGGAGGGUGCUGGAGCUGGGGGACGUGCCACUCUCUUCAGAUCAACUGAUGCAGAGGUUACGUCGGCAUAUGCCAAAAGCCCGUCACCGUUUGGGACUGUUAUCAGUGGAGAUGGCUUUAAGCGUGGCUUUGUGCGGAGUGGGACUGAUUACUCGGUGUUUACGGAGGAGUUGGGUCUGCGUGGACUUGAUGUUGCCUUCUUCAAGCCACGAGCUAGGUACCAUACGGAUCAGGACGACGCCCGCAAUGCUGGACCCAAUAGCCUGUGGCAUAUGCUGUCAGCUACGAUUGCUACAGUCGAUGAGUUGACUUCCCACCAGGGCAGGGAUUUCGAAGGCUCGCCCGACAGCACCGGCAAACUGUCAACUGGGAAGUGCAGUAAUGCGGUGUGGUUCGACUUGCUUGGUCAAACAUUCGCCGUGCUCCGCCUGAAUACACUCUUCGCACUGUCGGUCGCACUCCUUGUCGCCGGACCUAUCAUCUUCAUCCUGCUUGAAGUUCUGAUCAGGAAAAGCGACAAAUGGUAUGUCUUCGCAGGGCGGAGAUACCUUCACUCAUCGGAUGAUGAUGAUGCAGUCCGCUUGCAUGGACGACGUGGAUUCUUCAGAUUCUUGCUGGCCUUUGUGGUCGCUACAGCUGUCACAAUUCUGUUGGCGUACCUGGUCACGAAGAUCAACCCAUACAUCGUCUACAGCAGCGAGUACGCCGUAUGGGCCAUGAGCUUAUCUGCGUGGUUUGCCAUCAUGUGGUUCUUCCUGAAAGGCGCUGCGGCUGUCCGGCCAACGGCACUUCAUCGCAUGUUCGUGCUCAUCUGGCUCUACGUGCUGGCUUGGAUCCUGCUUGUCUUCGCCACCAUUGGCGAGAACAACCUGCACCUGGCCAGCGGGUAUUUUGUCGUCUUUUACAACGCCUCGGCCUUUGUGGCGCUGCUGAUCUCCUACAUGGAGCUCUUCGCUCUACCCACAACUCGCAAGUACGUCGAACAUGCAUUAGGUGCGCAGGCGGAAUCAGGUUCUACUCGACCUGGCAGCCGUUCUUCUCGGCAGUUGCUGGACCAGCAUGAUGAUGUGAAUGAUGAAGCAGAACCCUCGGAGCGAACAUCACUUUUGCAAGACGCAACGUCGCGUUCCAACCAGCACACGUUCACAAGUUUCGGCAGACGGAGAGCAGAUCGUGAUGAGGUGCCAGAAGACACUGAUGACCCUUUCUUGAACAAGGCCUACCUCGAUGAGCAAGCAUGGUCGAGCUCACUGCCUCAAUGGACUUGGAUUCUGCAAUUCCUGGUGCUGGCACCUGUCAAUGUGAUUUUGAUUGGACAAAUCGCACUUCUUCUCACGCAUGCGAUCAAUCAGACGCCCGCAGAUGGAAACCCAGUGUUGCCGAUAUAUCUGCUCAUCUCGGUGUUUGCGAUCCUACUCUUGCUCCCGCUUACGCCGUUUCUCCAUCGGUUCAGCUUUCACGUUCCGACGUUCUUGUUCUUGGUACUGGUUGGAACCAUGAUUUACAAUUUGGUGGCUUUUCCUUUUUCGAGGGAUUCUCGCAUGAAGUACUACUUCGUCCAGCAGGUCGAUCUGAGCAGCGGCAUCAACAACGUUUCGCUGAUCGGUCUUGAUGGCUAUAUCCAGAACAUAGUCCAAGAGAUGCCUUCUGCUGCCGGCCAGUCGCUGUACUGCGAGGACUCGUCUUCAUCGAAUCAUACCUCUUUACCGAACCGAAACGGACUCACAUCUUGCUCCUUUCACGGGCUGGCACCUAAAGUCGUUCCGAAGGGUUAUGCUGGCUUGUCAGCGAACCGGACAAGAUGGCCAACAUACUCUGAUUGGAUCGACUUCAAUCUUACCCACAGUGGUCACACAGCAUCGAUACGCAUACAGGGGAUGAACACGAAGAUCUGCAACAUCAAAUUUGACAACGCAGUCUCGGGCGUCAACAUCGAAGGCUCGGCCUCAGAUCCGAGGCAGAAAGCCGUACCAGAGGGUGGUAGUAACGAGGUGCACCUCUUCAGUCGCACGUUCGAUAAGACUUUCAAUGUUAAUGUGACGUGGGAGGGCGAAUCUGCUAAGGGACAAAAGGGGCGGGUGUCGUGUAUGUGGGAUGAUGCAAAUAUGCCAGGCGUCAUACCUGCUUUUGACGAGCUUCGUCGUAAUGAACCAGUUUGGAGUGCUGUUACGAAGACUGCAGAUGGUUUGGUCGAAGGGUUUAAGGAAUUCAGGGUCUGA